GAUAUUUAAGGGCAUAAAUCUUCUCUAGGAAAAAAAAGCAAAAAAUAAAUAAAAAUGGACUUUGAGUCCAACCUUGAGGAAACAUUCUUUGACAAAACUCUAUGGAGACCAGUUCUAAUUCACUGCAUUGUCCUAUCUGCCAUUUCACUUGCAAGACUUCAACUUAUACAAAUCUAUUGAGACAUUUAAAAACACAUUUGCCAUGGUUUUUCAAUAAACAUUUAUGUUUAGUAUGUAAAACAGGAUUCGGACAUCAUAAGAAAAGAUUGGAGAAACAUGUAGAAAAACAUACUUCUGAGGAAAUAGUCCAUGCAUUAAGGACGGUGGACAUUAUUGCUAAAAGAACAGAAUAUUUUGACAGUUCCAGUCCGAUUACAAACCGGAGUCUUAUAUCAUUACUAAUUAACGAGGAUUAUCAUGCGAUUUUGAACAGUAAAGAGCUACAGGUCCAGUCUACAACUAAAGACACGGGAUCACCCAAUUUACGGGAAUUAGACGAUUUAGACACCAGCAUCCUUCAAAGAGACAAACCCAAUACCAAUUGCUCUAUGCAGAUGUCAAGUUCCAUGUCAACACCACCUGCAUCGUCUUACUGCGAUAUCUCCGAGACAGAAGGCAACGAUAUGGAUCAAGUAAACAUGCCUCAAAAAACAGAUUUUGUGGCCUCGUGUGCCCCUAACCCCCCACCUGCAACUAUAGACACUUCUGCUAAAACAAUUACCUCCAUUGAUCUGGCAGCAUUAUCAGCAAAAAUAGCGAACUUAGAGCAGAAGCUUGAUGCCCGGUAG